CCAGUCUAUAAAUUGAGCUCAAACUGCUAAAAUCGCUUUCAAUUAGUUCGGAGUCGGUGUAGUCUAAGCAACACACGGGUGUUGAUAAUUUUUUUGUUGUUACUUUUUCUUCCGUUGAAUUGCAAUGUUAGUCAUCUCAUUUGUUUUUGGCAUUUUGUUGAUAACAUUUUGCAAUGGCACAGAGACAACCAUCAAUGUGGACACAUCUUUGGGAGCAAUAAAGGGCCUUCAGAUGGAGACACGUUUUGGCCAUAAAUUCUGGUCAUUUCGAGGCAUACGCUAUGCAGAGGCACCAGUGGGUGAGCUACGCUUUCAAAGUCCUCAACCCAUAAGUGCCUGGAGACCCUCAAUCUAUGAUGCUACACUAGAUGGUCCUUUAUGUCCUCAGGAAAUCGAAAAUCGUUCAUGGAUCUCAGAAGAUUGUUUGCGUUUAAAUGUCUAUACCAAGUCUUUAAAUGUGACAUCGGGACUAAAGCCAGUCAUAGUCUAUUUUCAUCCUGGUGGUUUUUAUGCUGGCACUGGUAUGAAUCGCUAUUUCGGUGCCGAACAUUUUAUGGAACGUGAUAUUGUCUUGGUGACCCUAAACUAUCGUUUGGCUACGCUGGGAUUCUUGGCUACUGGUACCAAGGAGGCAGUUGGCAAUAUGGGCCUGAAAGAUCAAGUGACCGCCUUGCGCUGGAUACAAACACACAUAGAAAAAUUCGGAGGCGACCCCAAGUCGGUUACCUUAAUGGGCUAUAGUGCUGGAAGUUUUAGUAUUGGCUUACAUAUGAUUUCCCCCAUGUCUAGGGGUUUAUUUCAUAAAGCCAUUAUGCAAAGUGCUUCACCGUUGGCACAAUUUCGUUAUGAGCAUCAUCAAAAGCAGCUGGCGGAAAAACAAGCCAAGUUAUUGAAGUGUCCUUUGGGCCCAGUGCAAGAUAUGAUCAAGUGUUUGAAAAAUAAAUCUAUGGAAGAUUUUGUAAACACCACGCAGGACAUGUUUUACUUCAACUGGAAUCCUGUCUACAAUUGGCUGCCAGUGGUAGAGCCUGACUUUGGCCAAGAACGUUUUCUGAUCGAAGAUCCCUACAAGACAAUGAUGAGUGGAAAUAUUUACAAGGUGCCCAUAAUAAUGGGAGUAACCCAAUAUGAAUUCCAUUAUUUGGCCUAUUAUACCCUUCGUAAUGAAACUACUCGAGCCCUGUUUAGUCAACAGUUUGAUAAGAAUACUCCCCAUUACUUCCUUUAUGAAGCGGAUACUCCCAAGUCACUGAGCAUAAGCAAAGCCCUGCGUGACUUCUAUUUUAAAAACAACUCCAUUGCAUAUCCACAAUCGGUGGAACCAUUUGGUGAAUUAUAUAGCGAUGGCUUGAUCAUUUUCGCCUAUCACCGUUUCCUGCAAAUGGUCUCAAAGCAUACCUCGGUCUAUACCUAUCUAUUCACCUACAAGGGGCGUUAUAGUCAUUUUAAAAAUCCCGAUACCAAUCAAACUUUGGGUGCCAUGCAUCAUGAUGAGCUUUUAUAUUUGUUCUAUGUACCUCUAAUGACUCCCAUGUUUGGUAAGACUGAUCCCGAAAAUGCCACCAUUGAGAGAUUAACCCGCAUGUGGUAUGAGUUUGCCCAAAAAAGCAAUCCCAAUAAUCCUUCGGACGAAUAUCUUUCCAAAUUAAAUUGGCCUUUGUAUGAUGAGAAGACGAAAACGUAUUUGGAAAUCGGUAAUGAUAUGAAUGUCAAAAGCGAUGGUAUCUAUCCGGAACGUAUGCAGUUGUGGGAUCGAAUAUUCCCCUCCAAUGAUGUUAUGGGCAAAUGUUGAUUUGAUUUUUUAAACCCAAAAUAUAAUUCUUAUUACCUA